UGUCACCUGUGCAUGUCACCCAGGCAGUGCCACCGUGCAAGUGCCCUUUGCUGCUUUGACCUGCAGGACCUGCCCCUUGACGUCCUGGUUGGAUUUUCUCUGGGUCGUUCCACUGGCUCCACAGCCGGUCUUCACGAAUGUCCCCAGAGGACGCGGGCUGAUGGGGACAUCAACUCUGGUGGUCGAGGGGCCGCGUAGGCCAGGCAGGGAGGACAGAUAUGUCUGGCUGUCUCAGUGGGAGGUUGACUGAGAAAAAGCAAAAACCUCUGAGCGAACCAGGCUCAGAAAGACGCUUGGUGGAGGUGACACAGAGUGAUCGGGUGAGGUCCGAGGUGCUGGGGACGUGGCUCAGGUGGCACGUGCAAGGCCCUGGGUUCAAACCCCAGCACCGCCAGAACAGAAGGCAAGGCCUGCCUGGCAGGGUUGGCAAGGGCGCCAUUGCCCGGGACUCUGCACCAUGGAAGGGGGACCCUGGGUCCUUCGUGGUGGGGUCACUUUAACGGCCACUUCCUGCGUCUGCUUUGUUCCCACGCGGCUCACCUUGGAAAUGGGCUCCUCAAAAUGGCGCCCUCAGAGCAUCAAUUCUCGUCCCCCCACAGCUGGCGGAGCUGCAGAGGGCCUACGAGGGCGCCAAGAAGACAGCGCAGCAGCUGAAGAGGAAGUGCCACCGCCUGACCUGGGACCUCGAGGACACCCGGGUGCUGCUGGAAAACCAGCAGAGUCGGAACCACGACCUGGAGAAGAAGCAGAGGAAGUUUGACAUGCAGCUGGCGCAGGCCCUGGGGGAGUCGGUGUUCGAGAGGAGACUGCGGGAGAAGCUGGCGCGGGAGAAUGACGGGGCACACUGGGAGCUGAGCCGGCUGCAGCAGCAGCUGCAGCAAAAGGAGCAGGAAACCUCGAAGCUGAGGCAGGAGGUGGAGACGCUGCAGGGCCAGAAGCGUGAGCUGCUGGCGUCAUCCUCUCUGUCCUCUCUGGGGGAGAAUGGCGUCACGGGCUUGAAGGACAAGCUCUGGGAGCUGGAGGCCAAGGCCCGGGAGCACGAGAAGGUUCAGAGCCAGCAGAAGAGUGCCAUUGAGCACCUGGAGCAGCUCCGGCAGCGGCUCCAGCUGGAGAUGGAGCGGAUGAAGCAGAUGCACCAGAAGGACCACGAGGACCAGGAGGAGGAGCUGGAGGACGUCCGUCAGUCCUGCCAGAAACGGCUGCGGCAGCUGGAGCUGCGUCUGGAGCAGGAGCACGAGGAGAAGCGGGCAGCGCUGCACGAGAAGCAGGACCUGGAGGGCCUGGUGGCCACGCUGUGUGAACAGAUCGGCCACCGGGACUUGGACGUGGAGAAGCGUCUUCGCAGGGACCUCAGGAGGACGCACGCGCUGCUGUCGGAUGUCCAGCUCCUCCUGGCCACCACGGACGACGGCAAGACGUCGGUCAGCAAGGAGGAGCUGGAGAAGGUGCACAGCCAGGUGGGCAGUGUGGGUCCCCCGAGCCGGGGAGCCUGGCACGCGGGGGUCACAGGGCAGGGGUCGGGGGCCACUGGGCGCUGCGAGGGAUGGUGGGGACACCUGGUCUCCUCUUCCCACGGAGGCCGGCUGUCUGUCUGUGCCGGUGUCCAUCUGUGUGAGCGGUGCUUGGUCACAGCCAGGGCUGGGCAUCAAAGAAACAGCAGUCGUGCUAGCAAAGGCACUGUAGACAGGCAGUGGCCAUUUGUCUGUCCAGAUGCUAAUGGCCCUGCUCCAGAGACCUGGGGGCCACUGGCCACUCCGUCCAGAGCCCCCGUCCCCCGUGAAGUGAGUCCUUGUCCAGGUCACAUGGCUCUGGGACAGUGAGUGACAAAACACCCAAGAGGAACGGUUUACAGAGAGGAAAGGAUCAC